AUGACUGUCGAAGACGCCGCUGACGACAGCGAGUCCUUCAAGUUCUUCGGACUUGGCGGCUGCAACGAAGUGGGCAGAUCGUGCCACAUCAUCGAGUACAAAAACAAGGUCAUCAUGUUAGACGCUGGAGUCCAUCCAGCAUUGUCGGGCCAUGCGUCGUUCCCGUUCUACGACGAGUACGACCUCUCCAAGGUGGAUUUGUUGUUGAUCAGUCACUUCCACUUGGACCACGCAGCUUCGCUUCCCUACGUGAUGCAGCACACCAACUUCCGUGGUAAGGUAUUCAUGACUCACGCCACCAAGGCCAUCUACCGGUGGUUGUUGCAGGAUUUCGUCCGUGUCACCUCCAUUGGCGCAGCCAGAACCGAGGAGGGCGGUCCCGAGGUGGCCAGCAACUUGUACACAGACGACGACAUCAUGAGCUCGUUCGACCGUAUCGAGACCAUCGACUACCACUCCACAAUGGAGAUCGACGGCAUUCGGUUCACAGCGUACCACGCAGGCCAUGUGUUGGGGGCUUGCAUGUACUUCAUCGAAAUCGGAGGCCUCAAGAUUUUGUUCACGGGAGACUUUUCCCGUGAAGAAAACAGACACUUGCAUGCUGCUGAGAUUCCUCCCACCAGACCCGACAUCUUGAUCUCCGAGUCCACCUUCGGCACCGGAACCUUGGAACCCCGUGCCACUUUGGAAAACAGGUUGACCAAGUCUAUCCACGCGACCAUCACCAAGGGAGGCAGGGUGUUGAUGCCAGUGUUUGCGCUUGGAAACGCCCAGGAGUUGUUGUUGAUCUUGGAGGAGUACUGGGCCAACAACGAAGAUUUGCAGAACGUCAACGUCUACUACGCCUCCAACCUCGCAAAGAAGUGUAUGGCAGUGUACCAGACCUAUACCAACAUCAUGAACAACAACAUCCGUCUCACAGCUUCCAAUGCGGGCCAGAAAUCCAGUCCUUUCGACUUCAAGUACAUCAAGUCCAUCAAGGACUUGUCAAAAUUCCAGGAUUUCGGUCCUUCGGUGAUGGUGGCCACCCCUGGUAUGUUGCAGGCAGGUGUCUCUAGACUGUUGUUGGAAAGAUGGGCCCCAGACCCCAAGAACUCAGUCAUUAUGACCGGGUACUCGGUCGAAGGUACUAUGGCCAAAGAGCUCUUGAAGGAACCUCACACCAUACAAUCUGCCAGUAAUUCAGAAUUGUCAAUUCCCCGGAGAAUUGGUAUCGAGGAAAUCUCCUUUGCUGCACAUGUUGACUUCCAGCAAAAUUCCGAGUUUAUCGAGAAAGUUGCCCCUUCCAAGGUCAUCUUGGUCCAUGGAGACUCUGUCCCUAUGGGUAGAUUGAAGUCGGCCUUGUUGAGUAAAUAUUCGUCAAGGAAGGGUACUGAGCAAGAAGUCAAAGUCUACAACCCUAAGAAUUGUGAAGAGUUGAAGAUUGGCAUCAAGGGUCUUAAAGUCGCUAAGGUUUUGGGCUCAUUGGCAGAGGACCAACUCCUUCAAUUAAAAAAGGAAAUAUAUGCAAAAAUAGAGGAAGACAAUUUAAAGAUAGAAGAAGAUGAGGCAAAGAUCACAGAAGUUAAGGAAGAUGUAAUGGAAGAUGCUAAUCAAGAGGAUACAAAUAAAGAGAAGUCUGCCGAUGACCCUAAUGAUGAAGAGAAGAAGGACUCCACGACCGUAUUCAAAACGGGCCAAGUCAUAUCGGGUGUUCUCGUCUCCAAAGAUUUCGACUUGAACCUCCUCCAGUUGCAAGAUUUGCAUGAAUACACCCAACUCUCUACUUCUAUUGUCCAAUCCAAGAUCAACUUGAAGAUUAAUGCUGACAUUGGCUUAAUGAAAUGGCAUCUUGAACAAAUGUUCAGCUACAUCAACAUAGUCAACGAUGACGAUGAGGUAUGGGAGUGUGUCAUUAUGGAUAUGGUUGAUGUUCUCGUGGAUAGAACUAAAAAGGAAGCAUUGUUCAUCACAGUAGAAUGGAUUAACGAUAACUUGAUGGCAGAUUCUUUGGCAGACAGUGUAAUUGCCAUUCUCUAUUCGAUUGACUCGUCACCUGCUUCAGUCAAACUCUCCUCCACAGAAUGCAGCCAUACUCACACACAAGAAAUCAAGAAGGAAGAAACACCUCCCUCAUUGAAGACCGCACAUGCAAACUCGGAAAUCGCUAGUCGUAUCCACAGAAUCGCUUCUUUAUUGGAGGCCCAAUUUGGUGACUCUUUCCAAGCAUUGGAGAACGAUAAGGCCCUGAUCAAGAUCGGCAAGAACGAGGCCAAGAUUGACUACCGUAGCUUGACUGUCGAAUGUGGUUCGAAGGUCUUGCGGGACCGUGUCGAAAAUAUCAUCAAGAGAGGUGAUUUAAUAGACCGUCCCCGUUCAGAAUUGACAGAAUUAGAACUCCAAAAACUCGAGGAGUUUGAGUUUGCUCAUGGCCCCAUGUCCUUGAUCCAGAAUGCCGUCAACAACAACACUCCGAUCGUCAUUUCAUGCAGAAACAACCAUAAGUUGAUUGCCAAAGUCAGAGCUUUCGACAGACAUUGCAACUUGAUAUUAGAGAACGUCAAAGAGUUAUGGUCCGAACCAGUCAAGAACAGUAAAGGAAAGAAGAUCAAGACAGUUUCCAAGGAAAGAUUUGUCUCGAAGAUGUUUUUGAGAGGAGAUAGUGUGGUGAUCAUCUUGAAGGCCUGA